CUCGCGGUGGGCGUUCUCCACGUUGCAUCCUGCCCCCUCGGUCCUUCUUCCAGCGCGGUGGCCGAGCACAUGCAUCUUUCUCGGGGGGCUCGCUCGCGCACGCCCUCUCCCGCACCCCGCGACUCCCCACCUGCCCCGGCUCGCCUUAGUCUCUCUUCUCCUUCGGGUGCAUCCCUGACCCUGGCAUCCCUUCAUCCCGGCCUGCUAGGGUUCGGAGCGUCGGGACGCGGCUGUGGCGGCGGUGCGGAGCUGGUGUGGGAAGCCAAGGCAGGAAAGGCGAACCCGAGUGGGUGGUGAGAGGCCAGCCGAGUCCGUGGGAGCCAGGGAAGCCGAGAGGAGCGAGACACUGAGUGUGCGCUGCGCGCUGCCCUGGUCGGGGCGGACUCGUGCGGAGGAUCCUAGUCUUCGGAGUGGCGCCCCAGCCUCUGCAGUGAGCCUGCUUGGGUGCGCCUUGGGACCCAGGCACCCAGAUCCCGGAGGUCGGCGGAGAGGUACCCGAGAAAGGCAGUGAUUCUGAGAGUCCGUGGAGGGGAGACGCGGAGGCUGAGCGGAUGGAGGAACAAUGCCGCCUCCAGAAGCAAAGCCUUUCUUGAGCCUUGGCUGGAGUGUGGAGUCUGCUCUCUGCUCUGCUCUCUCCAGGCCUUGAGGCUACUUCUGGGCUUGGUUCCGCCUCUUAGUUUGACAGGAAUUAGAAAGUUGCUCUUCUUCUCUACAAGGUUUCCUUCGAAGUGGCUUUCAGAUCUGCGUGCUGGUUCAAGUCAAGAUGUCACUUUCUGGAUCCCCCGCGAGGAGCGACUAAUAGAUUAUGCAUUGUUGGGCAAUAAACUCUCCCGGGAAGAGAGGGUAGUCCACCCCAAGGUUUAAACGGUUCGCCACUGACUCCUGCCAGCCUCAGCACAAUGCCUUAAAUGACAAAGAGACUGUAUUGCCCUUGGAAUGAGGUUCCUACCGCAUAAGAAAGAAAGGUGCUGAGCACAUUCAGGGAUAUAGACCCACUGCUAACUGGAUUUGAUUUAUACAAGAGAAAUCUACAUCAAUGGCCACUCUUACCACAUUGCUACUAUGGGAAACAGAAUGGUCAAUAGGAGAUGUCCUGAUGAAUAGUGAUGAUUGAAGAUGCGGCAACUGUCUGUGUGAAAUCAAUGGGAGCUACUUACUGCAUGAAGAGUGCUUUGAGCAUUCCUUCACAAGCUCAUAUUUGAGAAACUGGAGCUGCAUUCUACCACCAUUCCAUUUUUCUCCAGUGGAUACAAAUAUACUUGCCUUGCUGUAUCAGACAAAUAGACAACUAAUGUGGGACCAUGGCACUUCCCAGAUGCAUGUGGCCAAAUUAUGUUUGGAGAGCCAUGAUGGCAUGUGUGGUCCACAGGGGAUCCGGUGCCCCAUUGACUCUCUGCUUGUUGGGAUGUUUGCUACAGACUUUUCAUGUACUCUCUCAAAAGUUGGAUGAUGUAGACCCAUUGGUUACUACUAACUUUGGCAAGAUUAGGGGAAUUAAGAAAGAACUCAAUAAUGAAAUUUUGGGUCCUGUCAUUCAGUUUCUUGGGGUUCCAUAUGCCGCUCCACCAACAGGUGAACAUCGUUUCCAGCCUCCAGAACCACCAUCUCCCUGGUCUGACAUCCGGAACGCCACUCAGUUUGCUCCUGUAUGUCCCCAGAAUAUCAUUGAUGGAAGAUUGCCUGAAGUUAUGCUUCCUGUGUGGUUCACUAAUAACUUGGAUGUGGUUUCAUCAUAUGUCCAAGACCAGAGUGAAGACUGUCUAUACUUAAACAUCUAUGUUCCAACUGAAGAUGGUCCCCUUACAAAGAAACACACAGAUGAUUUAGGUGAUAAUGACGGUGCUGAAGAUGAAGAUAUUCGGGACAGUGGGGGUCCCAAACCAGUGAUGGUGUACAUCCAUGGCGGCUCUUACAUGGAAGGUACUGGAAAUCUGUAUGAUGGGAGUGUCUUGGCAAGCUAUGGCAAUGUGAUCGUCAUCACAGUCAACUAUCGGCUUGGGGUACUUGGCUUCUUGAGCACAGGGGAUCAGGCUGCCAAAGGAAACUACGGGCUCCUUGACCUCAUCCAGGCCCUAAGAUGGACCAGCGAGAACAUUGGGUUCUUUGGUGGUGACCCCUUGCGAAUCACUGUGUUUGGAUCAGGCGCUGGGGGUUCAUGUGUCAACCUGCUGACUUUAUCCCAUUAUUCUGAAGGUAACCGUUGGAGCAAUUCAACCAAAGGACUUUUUCAACGAGCCAUAGCUCAGAGUGGAACAGCCCUUUCCAGCUGGGCUGUUAGUUUCCAGCCUGCAAAAUACGCUAGAAUUCUGGCCACAAAAGUUGGCUGCAAUGUUUCAGAUACAGUAGAGUUAGUAGAAUGCCUGCAGAAGAAGCCUUACAAAGAACUUGUUGAUCAAGAUGUUCAACCAGCCCGAUACCACAUAGCCUUUGGACCUGUGAUCGAUGGUGAUGUAAUACCAGAUGACCCUCAGAUACUGAUGGAACAAGGAGAGUUCCUCAACUAUGAUAUAAUGUUGGGAGUUAACCAAGGGGAAGGGUUGAAGUUUGUCGAAAAUAUAGUAGAUAGUGAUGAUGGUGUAUCAGCCAGUGAUUUCGACUUUGCUGUUUCUAAUUUUGUUGAUAAUUUAUAUGGAUAUCCUGAAGGCAAAGAUGUUUUGAGAGAAACCAUUAAAUUCAUGUAUACUGACUGGGCUGAUCGCCAUAAUCCUGAAACUAGAAGGAAGACAUUGUUGGCUUUGUUUACGGACCAUCAGUGGGUAGCACCUGCUGUGGCCACAGCAGACCUUCACUCGAACUUUGGCUCACCUACAUACUUCUAUGCCUUUUAUCAUCAUUGCCAAACAGAUCAAGUUCCAGCUUGGGCUGAUGCAGCUCAUGGGGAUGAGGUUCCCUAUGUGUUGGGAAUCCCCAUGAUUGGCCCUACAGAGUUAUUUCCUUGCAAUUUCUCCAAGAAUGAUGUGAUGUUGAGUGCAGUAGUAAUGACAUACUGGACGAAUUUUGCUAAAACUGGUGACCCAAAUCAACCAGUUCCUCAAGACACAAAAUUCAUUCAUACCAAACCCAACCGCUUUGAAGAAGUAGCAUGGACCAGAUAUUCCCAGAAAGACCAACUUUAUCUCCAUAUUGGAUUAAAACCGAGAGUUAAAGAGCAUUACAGAGCCAAUAAGGUAAAUCUCUGGCUGGAGCUGGUACCUCAUCUGCAUAAUCUCAAUGACAUUUCUCAGUAUACCUCGACAACAACUAAAGUGCCAUCCACGGACAUCACUCUCAGACCUACAAGGAAGAAUUCCACACCAGUCACAUCAGCCUUUCCCACUGCCAAACAGGAUGAUCCCAAGCAACAACCAAGUCCCUUCUCGGUAGAUCAGAGGGACUACUCCACAGAGCUAAGUGUCACUAUUGCAGUGGGAGCCUCUCUGUUGUUCCUCAACAUCUUGGCUUUUGCAGCCCUGUACUACAAGAAGGAUAAGAGGAGACAUGAUGUCCACCGGAGGUGCAGCCCUCAGCGCACGACCACCAACGACCUAACCCAUGCUCCAGAAGAGGAAAUUAUGUCUCUCCAAAUGAAGCACACUGACUUGGAUCACGAGUGUGAGUCCAUCCAUCCACAUGAGGUGGUUCUUCGGACCGCCUGUCCCCCAGAUUAUACUCUAGCUAUGAGGAGGUCACCUGAUGAUGUUCCGCUAAUGACACCUAACACCAUCACAAUGAUUCCCAACACUAUACCAGGGAUUCAGCCCUUACAUACAUUCAACACAUUUACUGGAGGACAGAAUAAUACACUGCCCCAUCCCCACCCACACCCCCAUUCACAUUCAACAACCAGGGUAUAGCCAGAUGAGAGAGACAAACUGAUUUUUUUUUUUCUGAUGGAGUGCAGUAAAAGAUUAUUGGAAGAUUCCUUGGCUUUCAACUCGGAAGACUCUCACUAUUUAAAUAAGGAGGAAUAUUAUGUGAAUAUACAUAUCAAGAACUUUGGGGGUUUUGAAAAAUGAAUUGUAUAUAGAUAUACACACAAAUCAACUUUAAAAAAAAAGCAAAUUACAAUUGCGUGAAGCAAUUGUUCUGAAUGAUACUUUUUCAUUCACUUUCAAGAAUUAAUUUGUUGAAGAUUUAAGUUACUUAACGGAGUUAGGCAUGUGGAACACCAAACAGGAAAGUACUGUGUCUGAAUACUUUAAAAACAAAAAAAACAAAAACAAAAAUAAAAUCAACUAUGAAUAUGCACAAGGGACACACCAAUGGAAUGUCAGAUAAUUUCGCCAGUUUUCAUUUGGAGCCCUUUAAUUGUGUAGACCAUAUUUGCUUAAGUACACAGGACACCUAUGCUGUUAAUGGCAUAGCAGAAGUUCAUGCUGAAAAUUGCCAGUAAAACAAAGAAGUUGCCAUAAGACUGGCAGGUACAACAUUAUCACAUAAGUGCUGUCAGUACUAAGUCGUGGGGAUCAAGGAGACUGGAUAUUUUUAGCACGAUGUGCAUGAUAAUUUAUAUGCUUGGUGGCUGUGCUGCUGAUUAAGCCGUAAUUAAAAUUCUUCUCAUCCCAUUGGAGUUUUUAAUAGGAGCUUCCUCCAUCAAUUGGCAGAAACUAAAGAAGAUAUUAUAAGGGGCAAAAGUAAUUACUAUAAAAUAAUUUGCAGUAGUUUCGAUAAUAGAGGGAAUAGUUAUUAAAGUCUUGGGAGAAACUAGAGGUAUAGUGGUGAAUACUCACUGAUAUGAAUCCCAGAAAAAAAUUCUAUGAGUUUAAUAUUCUUUUCAUUCCCUUAUAUGUAAUUUAUAGAAAUACAACUCUAAUUGAACAUGUGUUAGCUGCAGAGCUAUAAUUUGCUGUGGGUUUGUUACUCUGAAGUUUGCUCCUUUCGUUAACAGUCUUGCAAGGUGUAAGGAUGCCCCAACAGUACCAUUCUGAUUACAGUUCUCAGUCGAUUGAUUUACUCAUGUUGCAUGACAAAAUGUUUACUACUAAGAAUUCAAUAGAAAGCAUAGUCCCUCUUCACAUUGCAUCUUUCUCGCUGAGGGUCACUUGAAUUUACUCAUGAGAUCUCAGUAGAGGAACAAUGUAGGUGCAGAACCUAGGAGAGUCAACAGCUGGAGGGUUUGUCUUUCACAUAUGUGCAAUUUCAAAUGAAUUCUCUAAGACCACAGGAAUCUCUGAAUCCCCUGUUGUUUACCAGUAAUAUCAGUAUAUCACAGACCUUUCCAAAUGUUUGUAUAUGUAAUCAGAUGUACAUUUAUAUUAAAAAAAACAAUGAGAUGGACUUCAAGAGCACAUCCUGAUCAAUGGUUUCUCUCUUAUCUGUACUAUAUUUCUAUUAGACUAAAGUUAUGUGAUUUUUUUUUACCUUUUUUCAGAUGACUAGCAAUUUUGAUAGUUUGUAAGAUAAUGCAAAGGACUUUCUCUGACUAACUGCUGUAACAGACACCUUUCUUUCCAGCUACCCUUUUUCAAGAAUCGAAAGCUUAUUAUACAAAAGCAAACACUUGUAUACUACUCGGUGGGAAGGAUGCUGUGUAUCUCGACCACAUCCGUGGUCCUUGGGUGAAAUAAAGAUAAUAUGGAGAAUGGCGAUUAGUCAAAUGCUAAGAGACAUGAUCUUUGCUCAUUAAAGAGCUAAAACGUUUAUUGCUGUUUUGUCUUUUAUUUUAUUUUUACAAAAAAAGAAAAAAAAGAAAGAAAGAAAAGAAAAGAAAGAAAUCUAAAACAAAAGAAACAAGAUUGUCUUGGAGUCAUUUUCUUUUCCUUUUUUUUUAGAACAGCUGGAUUUUGGAAGACAUAUAGGCAACUGCAGAGCUCUGCAUGGAGAGAGACUCUGGGAACUUUAGUACUACCUUAGAACCAGGAGCUCAUAGAAAAUGUUACCUUGGUAAUUUUAAAUACUCCUUCCCCUAGACCUCUUACAAACAUGGUGACCAUGGUUUUCACUAAAAUACACAAGUUCUGAUGUUGCUCACCAGGGAAAAAGUCUAUUGGAAAUGUGGAAAUGAAGGGACAUUACCUCAUGAAGUCAGGUAUCUGCUUAUAAUAUAGGAGUGGUUAGCCUAUCAUAUAUUUAAAAAAAAAUCUUCAAGAGAAUUGGAAAGUGCUAAAAGAGAUAUUGAGCUAGCAUUAAAAAAUUAAAAAUCUACCAUGAGAAGCUUAUUUGAUUAUACCUUCUACUCCAAAGUACUAAACAUCAAUAAGUUUAAGUAUUGUUCCACUUAAAAAUACAAUUCUUUGUCAUAAGCAAAGUCUUCAAAAUCCCAAGUAGUCUACUCACCACUGCUGAGGGACAUGCUCAUACAUGUCAUGUUCAUGCUCAUGUUGCCACUGACAGUGAACAAAAAGAACUAUGUAGCCUCUGAAGGACUGUUUAAUGCCAAACUGUCUUUUACUACAUUAAGAAAACAAUAAAACUAGAAAUAAAGGCGACAGCAAAAUGUACUGUGAAUGACUGCUUUCAUGCACAGCAAUUACUUUACUGGGAAAAAUCAUUCUAUUAGGUUAUAGUGAUUGCUCUGUUUCUAUCUUACUAUAAAAACAUGCUACACCUCACUAACAUCUCAUUAACAUCUACUAACACCUAAUAUGAAGCACAAUUCAUGCUUCAUAUUAAUUUAGGAAGACAUUUAAGAAAAUAAUUCAUAACCUGAUUGUUUACUGAAAGAAAAGGAAACAAACAGUCAGAUUUUAGGGCUGCCCUCUUGGGGUGUGGCAAAGGUAUUGUGAGUCACUGUGAGUAGCUAGUCUAGUUUGUAUUACCAAACUCGUUUCCUGAACAUAAAAUUGUGUCUUGUACAACCAGAACUAACAACUGUUUGCAAACUGAAAUAUAAUUUUUAAAUGAAAGCAAAAAUUUGGCAUUUUGAUUCGGUUCUAUCUAAUGUGUUUGGAUUGUGUUUAUCUAGAAGAUAAUAUCCUGUUAGGGGAAAAGCUAAUACUAAAUUUAAUAAAUAUUGUAGCAUUAUUCAUUAAUUCAGUAUGUUGUGGUUGGAAUUAAAUAGCAACAAACAAAGAUGAGAUUCUUAGAAUUCAUACUGACAUCAAGCCAAGAUAAGUUUUUGCUGCUUUGAUUUUAUAUAAUUUUGCCAACAUUUAUCAAAGACUUACUGAUGUUUUCCUAUAAACUUAGGGAUGUUCAAAUGGCAGAUUUAAUGGUUUUAAAUGUUAUUGAUAUGUUGAGUGUGGAUCAAAUUUAGUUUACUAUAGAUAUUUAAUAAAUUUGAUCACUAACUUUUAUGAAAUAUUGAAUAUAAUUUUUUGACCAUCACAAGUUCCCAAUUUGGAGAUAUUUUUCAGCUCAGAGUGGAAAUUAUUUCAUUCAUUUUCAAUCUAAGAACAUAAUUUAAUGCACACUUUUGGACACAUAUUAAAAGAAUACAAUGUAUACAUUUUUAAAAAUUCCCAUGUAAAAAUCCCAUAUAAAAAUACAUAUGAUACUAAGUAGGCAAAAUGCAGUGUAGAGCAGUCAUUCUGUUACAGAAGUAGAAUGUCAGCACUCAAUUUUUAUAUCCAUAUUUAUAACAUCAGUGAUUUUGCCUGUUGGUACAGUUGUACUGGAUGCAUACGAACAUCCAGAAAGGAUACAGAGAGUUGGGCAGAUGGUGCUGGCUUUACAGGCAUCAGAGUUUCAGAAUCAAUGGCAUCUUUUCUUUGGCACGUCUCCUUUGAGUAUUUUCACAAGAACAAAUAAUGAAUGGAAUCCCUAGGAAGUUGACAAUAGCUAUGGCAGUUGUCUUGUAAUUUUGCUUACUUCUCAGUGAUUGGUUCAAGCUUUUGGCCUUUUAUUUCAAGUGAUUAGUUGUUAUAGACUAUCACUUUUUAAUGUGAGUGAAUAUUUGAUAAUUUGGAUAUGCUUGCUCCAAAACAAAUCUAAUUAAUGGGCACUUCCUGCUGAGAUUUGUUAUCAUUCACUUAAUUAUCUUGCCAAGCUUACUGUUGGAGCAGUUGUCAUUAUCUUUUAGUCAAUAUAGUAAUGGAAUGUCUCCAAUAGCCUUCUACUUCUCCUUUGCUUGACAUGUCAACAACACAAACUUAAGCUUUUCAUCAAAAUUCUAAGCUCCCUACUCAUGUGAUAGAUUGGGCUUCCUUGAUUUAUUCCUAUAAAUCAUCCUAUAAAUUAUGAAUUGGUUUUAUUCUAGCACUUAGUUGUAUUUUUAUUUAGGCCAGAAAUCAAUUCAAUUUGUUUAGCACUACAGAAAAUACAAACUGGAAAAUCUACCUGUGGUGCUUAAGUGCCUUGUCCUUUUGUUAUUUUGUUUAGAAAGCUUCAUUUGAUUUAAAAUUUAUAACUCCUGAUAAUGCCACUUAAAAGAUAAAACAGAAUGGAUAAGGUAUUAAUUGCCAAUAAGGGAAGUCUAUUGGGAAGGUCUGGGUUUAAUUUGAGUUUGUAUUAUAUCAAAAAAACUUCCAAUAUUCCUCUGAAAAGAAUGAAGUAAUUUUUUUGGAAUAAAUGGUAAUUAGUUUGGCAUCUGAUUUUAAUGGUGCUAAAGAAUGUAACUUUACAAUUCUAAGAGAGUUUAAUUUUUUUCAGAACCAAAGGUGGUGGUAUAUACCUUUCAUUUCAGUACUUCAGAUGCAAAGGAAGACAUAUGUUUAUGAGUUCAAGGCCAACUUAUGUGUAUAUAGCCAGCUAGUGCUACAGAGUAUACCUUUUCUCCGAUAACAAUAUUUCAACUGGGUAAAAUUAUUUUAGAAGGAGGCAAUUAUUAUAAAUGAACACACACUUGACACAUAUCUAAUUUUUAUCUAGUCAUCAAUUACAUCCUGUAUGGUAUGCAUACUCUGUAUACAAUGUGUGUUAUAGAAUUCAUAGGAUGGUCCUUUUAGAUGUCUACUUUUAUAUCCCCUAAAUAUGUACAAAUGAGGCAGAAGUUAUUCCUCUGAAAAGCAGCAAGCCCAAGCUCUUGCUUUCUAAUUUAAAUCAAUAACUAUUGAUGACUUAAGAAAAUUUGUAAGUUGCCAAGUACAAAAACUCAGCAGCUGAAAUUCAAACAAAGAAACCGUCUCUAAAUAGCAUUUCCUGCUCUGAUGUGGUAUAAUUUAAAAAAAAAUAGUGUUUUUUAUCAUUCUUUCCCUAAAGUCAUAUUGGUCAGCCACUCACUGCAAAUGUGCCAUACUUUCAUCAGGUUGAGUCUGUUCCACCUGUGUUUGGACACACACAUCUCUCAUUCAAAAUGGCUUUGUUAUUGUGAAUAAAUACCUUCAUGGUUACGAAGAUGUAUUGACUAUUUUAAAGAUCAGGAAAUCUUCUCUCUGUUUGGCACACACUUUGUAAAAUGAAUGUUUUUUUUUUUUUCUUUUUCAACAACAUCAUUCUGUUAUCCCCAGAUGCAGGGAACAUUUUGACUUCUUCUAAGUCAGGAUGUUUGUGGUCUACUUAGUACUUGGUGAUUUCAAAGAAACAGAUUGAAUAGUUGAGUUUGAGUUCUUGGAGUUAGCCUGAUAAGAAAAGAGACAAGCAAAGACAAAGAGAUCCUAGAAAAACCAGGACAUAAGAAAAAAGAAGAAAAGUCUUUACAUUUUAAAUGAGUGACUCUUCCAAAUAAUGUGUUGUGGUUUGUGAAAAGGAAAGCAUGAAUCAUAACUCUAUUGAGUUUAAGACUAAAGAAGACCUUACAUAGAGUGAAUAGGUUAAAGCUUUUGAAGGACAUAAUAAAUUUUCUACUAAACAUAUAUUUUUAAAAUUUUAUGUGCAUGGGUGAUUUGCCUUCAUGUAUAUCUAUGUGAGGGUGUCAGAUUCACUGGAACUAGUGUUACAAACAAUUGUGAGCUACCAUAUGGGUACUGGGAUUUGAACCCAGGUCCUCUGAAGGAGCAGAUAGUGCUCUUAAGCACUGAGUCAUCUCUCCAGCACCUAAAAGCAUAAUCCUUGAUACAUGUCCCCAAAUGUUUGGAGAAACAAGCAAAAAUAAAGAUAAAAAAUAUUUGUAAUUUUUUAUUAUCUACUCAGAUUGGACCUUGGGACUGGAGAUGCAUGAGACAUUUGUAUUUCAUCCAUAUAAACAAAGACAAGGGUAAAAUUCCCAAGCUAGAAUUAACAGAAUCCCACCAAGGUGAGGCUUGACUUUCAAUAUUUCCAAAUUGUCAUCUAAAAACACUGACGUUGUCUGGAGGUUUCUAUGGAUAUGUAAUAUACAUCUAAGAGUGUUACUUUCUAAAAUGGUUAUAGGAAUUGAUGUGUUGGAUAUGAUUAUAUUUUAUCUACAUUUUUAUAUUUUCUUAUACUUAACAAAAUGUUUUUUUUUCCUCUGAGUGUCAUAAAGUUCUAAAUACAUUGCAUAAAUUUUCAUGUAGAAGAAGCAUAUUCCAGUGAAAUGGUGUUAUUUUAAGUACUUCCUUCUGCCCUAGUUCUGGAAAGCUGCCUUCAUGAUCUUCAGGCUAAAACAUUUCUAUCUGUCCUGAAAACACUGCAGUUGAUUUUAAAAGCAGCCUUCCUCUCCAAAAUGACAUGUCUCCUCAAAAACAGACCUUCUGUUUCCAUGACUUCUCUACUUACUCUUUAUGACUCUUAAUCUUAAAAUUAGAGUUAAUAAACAUAGGCUUCCUCUUUUCUCAGAGCAGUUAGAAACCAGAGAAUGUCACUCAAGAAUGACAGGUAUAAGCCACUCAUUUCUUUAGUAAGCAAUGCCCAUAUUCCUCUAUUUCUUCGGCAAAUGAUGCCUAACGUGUUAGACAAUGGGCAAGGUACUGUAUUCUAGGUCCAGUUCUGGAGUCAACUACCAUACUAUUAUUAACAAGCUUAGAAUAAAUUUAAGCAUAUAGAAGUAUUGAGAUCAUUUUAUUUAGUAUAUUAAAGUAUUAUCUGUUUUCUCCACUUUGUAUGUAUCAAAAUAGUGGAAUGGUACUGCUGGGUUUAACAACGUCAGCAAUUAAAUUGUCCUGCACAAGUCUGUCAAUCAAGGUGGAUGAUGGUAAUUUUUCCCAGGCUAAUAUUUUGGCCAAAUAUGGGCCCACACUCUAAGACUGAGGAACAUGGUAUGUCCAGGUUAACCUUCACCUGACCUUCACUCCAGACAGACCCCUGUCCUCUGCUUUGGUCCUAGCUUGUAAUUGUGAACUCUUGCCAUUAGCCACCCACCAUCUGGAAUUCUAAACCAGUGACCAUAUUUUGGAAUUUUGUUCUUAUAUUUAUAUAGGAUUUUUUAUUCUGAUAGCUAUAAAAAACCCAACUUAUUUGUAAAGAUUAGAAAAUGGAUGUCCAGUCUUCCAUGAAUCAUUCUUCCUUCAAAAUAAAAAUCCUCACUCACAGAAAGCAAAAGCAAAACCAAAACAAAAAAAAAGAAACCCAACAAAAUAAAACAAACAAACAAACAAACAAAAAACCCCAACUAAAUCAUUUACCAUUUUACCACUUUACUCACUGUUCUUCAAAUGCAUUCACAGCCCUAGUGUAUUAAACAGUAUGGACAACAUGGUUCUGCAUUAACAUGCUUUGUAAUAGCAUACUCAGGCCAGUAUUUCCACUGCCACUUUCUCAAGAGCCCACUUAAUAACUAAUGGUGUGCCCGUUGGAAUAGACUUAGAACAUCUGUAAUUGAGACAGAGACUCACUAAUGAUGCUCCUUAAAAUUUUCACAUUUGUGCUGUUAAUCAAAUUCUACCAGAUCUUGAUAGCCAAAACAAUACACUUGAUCAUUUCAAAUUUUCAGGAUAUUUAGAACUUAGAUCUCAGAGUAAUACAAUCCAAUACCGUGAUAAAUGUCACCUUUCUUUUACAUACACAAUUAGAAAAAACACACACACACACACACACACACACACACUCACACACACACACACACACACACACAUACACACACACACACAAAAGUAAACCAAAACAAACCAAACUAAAAUAAAAAACUACUAUGCAGAAGCAUGCUGAAAGCAAAGACCUGGAGGGGAGCAGCCAAGGCAAUGCUACUGCAAAAAUCAAGGCCCAUAGUGAAUUGAUCAGUUAGUAGUUUCCAGUUCUGUGUCACACUCACAGUGAAAUAGGGCUCAGCUCCCUCAAAACAGUUUAUGAUGUGCUUAUGCUCUCACUUCUUAUAUUUUUUUAAUGAAUGUUGUUAUAAUGCCUUGCAAAUAAGAAAUUUACAUAUCAGUAUUAACUAGACCCCAAGACUACAACUAAAGGAACUCAAAUACAAUUUAAAACACCCUUCCAAGGGAAGCUGUGAGCAUCACACUGAGUUGUUCACUUUUAGGACUGAGUCUCUUUAAUCACACGUCUACCACUAACCCAUUCCUUAAAAGACUGUUACAAGGUCCUGUUCUACAUGCAGAGCACUCAUCAAUGAUGGAUGACUGAGCAAAACAUAGGACCUAUUCUUAUGUGAGUAACACCCAACUAAUUGUCUUUCUGUCUACACACAUAGGCCAAGAGAGAUGACCAGAUUCAUACUGUGAUACUUUCAUUUACAACAUUAUUUUAUAUCAAAGUUGUCCAUGAUAAGAGACUUAGGAUGCUUCAUUGGAUUUUUACUUUGGGAUUUCUAUGCUGCUGGCAUUAAAUCAUAGAUGAUAAUAUAGGAUGAAUUUUAACACUAAUCACCAGGAAUAAUUAAAAUGUUGAUUUCAACUAAUUCAGUGUAUGUUUUGUGCUUCUUAAUCUGUUGUCCUGGCUAUCCUGAAACUCAAGAGAUCCUCAGCCCCCUAAAGUCCAGUUCAACAUAUUCUGGAAAUUGGAUGGCUUAAUAUAUAAAAUGAAGAAUCUGAAAGUGUAGCUAAGUGACAGAGCAAAUACUUUGCAAGGAAGCCUUGAGUUCAAACCUAAACCAAGGAGAGAGAAAGAGGGUGGGGGGAGAGAGAGAGACCUCUCUAAUAGGGGAUCUAUAUAAUAAGUUUGUAAGGAAGAUAGUUACUAAAAUGACUCUCAAAUAUAUCCUUAACCAAUGUGCAGUUGCCCACAUCUGUAAUUCCAGCACUCAAGAAGAGGUUUUGAUUUUCAUAGUAACACCCUGUCUUUAGAAGAGAAAAAUGAAUACUCUGCAACUAAUGUCAUUCUAAUGACAAUGGCAAUAACUUACUCCUGUACAGACAUGACAUAGUUACAAUUCAAGGACAGCCAAGAUCAUCAAGCUCCACAAAGCAAUGACCAGCAUCUCAUCUGCCAUGUCAGGAAACCCUCUACAGCCAUUCCAUAUUCCAAAGAGAGAGUGACAAAUGGAAUCUAGCAGUGACAUCAAAGCCAAACUCAGAGGAGGGUAGAACUUUCUAUGUGUGUCCUAGAGGUUCUGCCAAUGAGGAAACCCUUUACAGGGAUUUAUCCAUAUGCGGAAAAAUACCACUGCCAUACUGCAUAUAAAAAAAUUAAUCCUAGAUGAACUGAAAAAUCCAAACUUGAAACGUUACCAUAAAAGACUUUAAAAUACAUAAAUGUAUUGUCCUGUUAUUAAAGUAGAGUCAAAAAUUAGUAAACAAUACACAUGUUCAUCUGUAACAGUAAAGAAGAAUAAGUCAAAAUUUAAAUCUCUGUAUAUCAGGUAAUGGUUACAAAAUGUCAACUAGCACAUUGCAAAAGUCAGUGUUUUUUAUAGAUAGAAAUUUAAUAUACUAACAAUUACUAAGAAUAUAAUUCAAUUUAAACCAGAAUAUUUAGGAGCUGUUCAACAUAACUAAAAUAAAAAAAAUAAUUAUUUCAAUGCAGAUUAAAUUAAAGGAAAGAAUCCUUUCAUGGUGGUAGAGUUUGUCUGAAUAAACAAAACACAGAUUUAAAAGAAAUUUUUCAAAAAAAAUAGAAAGGAAAGAAGGAAGUGAGGCAAGGAGUGGGGAAGGAAGUAAUGGAGGAUUAAGGAAAGAGGAAAAGGAAGAAGAGAAGAAAGGAAACAGAAUUGAAACACGUGACAAGAACCUAGAAAAAGAAUAAAUAUAUGGGGGUAAAAUCCUCAGACAGAAACCCUAAGUGGAAGCAGAGAACUCCAUCAAUAAAAACACUAUUCCAUCAAGAGUACUAGAUACUGAAGCAUCAGACUUAAGAAGUAAAGCUUUAAGCCGGGAGAAAUUGAAAUAGCAAAUGCCAAGAGGAAAUGUGGUAUAAGAAGGUGGUUUUUAGGUUGAACCAAAAACUUACAUCACAAAUACAACAGCAUUCAAGAGACCCCUGUCAAAAGUAAGGAAUUUAUAAAUGUUAUUUCCAUGGGCAUUUUCUGAGACACUGACUAGAAAAUGACCAUCAGAGAGCAAAGACCAAAUGAGCAUUUCAAUGUCACUUGUACAGAGUUUGUGACUGUAGAAGUUGAGCAUUUGGAUUCAGCCUAAAGUUAAGAACUAUGAAUACAAAAAAGAAGUCAUAUUUGCAUAGAAUACAGUAGAGAAAGCAAAUGGUUAAGUUACUUAUGAUAGUUAUAUUUGCAUUGGCAACUCUUGUGUUAUUAAUGUAAAAAUAUCUUGCUAUAAUUUUCUUAUAAUUCUGUUACUAAACAAAAAACAAAACAGAACAACAAUAAUAACAAUAACAACAACAAAGCCGUAGCAUUAUCUGCUUUGCAGAAACUACUCACUAAACUAUAAAGAAAACCAAGAUGGUUUAUCAGCUCCAAAGAAGUGUCUGUGCAUCAAAAAAAGAAAAGAGUUAUGACUGAAAUGAGGCAGGUACUGUAAAACAAUCCUUGUUAAUCUGGGUCUCCUCUACCCUCAGAGUAUUUCCUUCUUAACAUGCUAUGUUGCACCAAAAUGCUUACUUCAUAGAGUUGUUCUGUACUUGUAUUAUAUUUUCAAUAAACUAUUGCAACUAGAGUUAAAAAAAAAAAGUCACGUGAAAAUGUUUUCAACUGAAAGCCAGUUUAUGAAGAGAAAGGGUCCACCCACUGUCAGGGCUCAGGGCCAACUAUGAGGAAAAAGUAUCCAAUGAGGAUGUCAGGACAACAAAAGUAGAGCAACAACAUCACUAGGUCCCCAGGGAGGAUCGUGAGGGAACACAUUGAACAAAUGCACUCGUGGUACUAAGAAGAAAAUAAUGACCAACUCAGAAUUUCCUAUAGAACAAACAUGAUUGCAGGGUAUCAGAUCAUGAAGGGAUGAACACUGGGGGAAGAUUAUUGAAACAAAUUAAUAAACAACAGCAACAACAAUAACAACAACAAAAAACAAACAGACUGGUUCAAGGGCUAGGAGAGAGCUCAGGUGUGGAGACUGUAAGCCAAGACAACAGCAUUAAAUUAAUAAACUAGUUGAUGUUUUUCAACCAGUAGAAAAUAUAUUCAUAGACUUUUUCCCUAUAAGGAGUUUUAAAACUGUAAAUAAAUGGUAAUUAUCAAUGCAGAAAAAAAAGGACUUCAACAAAUGGAAUUUAAUCUUGUUUCUACAAGUGAAGGACAGUGCACUUACAGGUUGACUUAUCAAUGGGGGAAAUCAGGUAUUACACUGUUUUCUGGCCAACUUCCAAGAAUGUUGUUCCAAUUUCCAUUCCCACAUUUUAGAGAACCUGUUUCUCUUUUCUCAAGCUGUUAAUGUGAUAAUCAAUUUUUAUCUUUUUCUUUAUAAUAAAAAUGGAACUUCGUUAUUGUAUUAAUUUGCAUUUUAAAUGGAUGCCCUGCAUCUUUUCUUGUGGUUAUAAGUCCUUGCAUUUAUUUUUUUAUAUUUACUGUAUUUCUUUACUUUGUAUAUAUUUUCUAUUUGUUUAUAUUUCUCUUCUUAGUAAUUAGAGGCACUCUGUCAAUAAAUAAAGUCAGUGUUUUUUGACA